AUGGUAAGAUUGACUAGAAAAAGAGCUAUUGAGAAUGAGUUGAAUGGUUCUCCAUUAACAAAAACCCUUUCAAUGGAAUCUAUAUCAUCAUUGUUCAAACGGAAAAGAAAGAGAGGCGAAGACGAUACUGACACAACUAAAUCUACAUCGGAUAGUGAAAAUGCUACAGAGAUAGAAGAUGAAAAUGAAGAAGAAGACGAGGGGAAGGAACUGAACCAAGCUCUUCAUCAUAAAAAGAGAAGGAUCAAAACAAAAGAAGAAGAGGAAUUUGAAGCACGUGAAAAGGAAUUAGACGAACAACUUCCCCCUGAACUUAGGAAAUAUAGACCAAGAGGUUACGGUUUCAAUAUACCCCCAAAGGGUAGACCAAUUAGGGUUUAUGCUGACGGUGUAUUUGAUCUUUUCCAUUUGGGUCAUAUGAAACAAUUGGAACAAGCUAAAAAGGCAUUUGAUAAUGUUGAAUUGGUUUGUGGAGUUCCGUCCGAUGUUGAAACUCAUAAACGCAAGGGCCUUACUGUAUUAACAGAUAAACAAAGAUGUGAAACUUUGAAACAAUGUAAAUGGGUUGAUGAAGUGAUUCCAAAUGCUCCAUGGUGUGUGACUCCUGAAUUUUUACAAGAGCACAAGAUUGAUUAUGUUGCUCACGAUGAUCUACCAUAUGCUAGUGCUGAUAGUGAUGAUAUCUAUAAACCCAUAAAGGCAGAAGGUAAGUUUUUGACUACGCAAAGGACUGAAGGUAUUUCUACAUCAGAUAUCAUAACGAAAAUUAUUCGUGAUUAUGACAAAUAUUUGAUGAGAAAUUUUGCUAGAGGUGCCACUAGAGAAGAUUUAAACGUUAGUUGGCUUAAAAAGAAUGAACUUGAAUUUAAGAAACACAUUAAUGAUUUUAGAACUUAUUGGAUGAGAAACAAGACAAAUAUCAACAAUGUCAGUAGAGAUUUGUAUUUUGAAAUCAGAGAAUUUAUGCGUGGUCGUAAAUUCAAUGUGAAACAAUACUUGGAAACUCAUCAAAAUGGAGCAAGACAAAGAAGACUUAAAAAUGGAUCUGAUAGUAAGAGUUUGACUACUACUGAUGAUGAAGGUGAAUCGCCAAGCAAGGGAAGUCCAUUGUCUGAAUUUGCCUCAAAAUACAUUGGAAAUGCCAAUAAGGAGUUGAACAAAACUGGGAAAGCACUAUUUUCAUGGAUACAAGGAGAAAAUGAUGAAGAUGUCGCUUUUGAUGAAGAUGCUGAUGAAGUUGAUGAAGAAGAAAUUAAACCAAUUGUAGUCAAGCCAGUGAGAAGAGCUAGACGCAGAAGCAGUAGUGCCGGUAGCUCUGCUAGCGUGACUAGUACUCCCAUGAAAUUAAAAUCAAGUUCCGUAAAGGCUUCACUGGCAACACCAAAGGCAACCGUAACACCAAAAGCAGCUUCAGCAACACCAAAGUCGGAAGUGAACUCAAAAUCAAAAUCUCUGGGUACACCAAAAACUGCCCUGGAAACCCCAAAAAAGAGAGCUACAAAAGCUAAAGCAUCUACUAAAUAA